AUGGCAGGUGGGAAAAAGAAAAAGGAGCUACCUCCAUCGGUAGCAACGUUAUUCCGCACUCCAGGAGAGGCGCAGAGGCCUACCCAAUCCAACCACGAGGAGGACAAGGGAUCUGAUUCGGAAUGGGGCGCCCACACACCAACACCCUUGGCCCCUCUCACCAUAGGGGUCCUCCAGUCUUUGUUAAGAGAGGCCACAGCAGACAUUAAAACCCAUGUGGCCGAAGAAAUCAGCAAGCAACUAACAGGCCUCAGGGCGGACGUGGAAGCAUUGACUACCUGCACUGACCAAACAGAGGUACGUCUAACCACCCUGGCGACAGCCUCCACAGCACAAUCCCAGGAGAUCUCUUACCUCCAUGGCCGCCUAACUGCAAUGGAGGACUCCCUAGAAGACCUAAAUAAUAGGUCACGUAGAAAUAAUAUACGGAUCCGGGGCCUACCGGAAUCAAUACCACCAGAAUCCCUAAUGGUAACCCUAAAAGGCAUCUUUGCAAAAAUGGCCCCAGAAAUACCAUCACCACUACUAGAAAUAGAUAGUGCUCAUAGGGCCUUGCGCCCCCGUACUCUGAACAUAUUCACCCCCAGAGACGUAAUAAUACGCCUGCAUUACUUCCAAACAAAAGAGAAAAUCAUGCAAAUCGCCAGAAUCCACCCACCACAAUAUGCCGGCGCUCAUAUAACACUCUUCCAAGAUCUAGCCCCUACUACCUUAAAAAAGAGGCAAGACUUGAAACCCCUCACACUAGCCCUGCAAGAAAGAGGCAUCAAAUAUACCUGGGGACACCCCUUCAAACUCCUCAUUCGAAAAGAAGACCAAACCCACAUCCUCAUCUCUGCUGCCGAAAUAGGCCCUAUGGCGGACUCCCUAGGAAUACAACUACUGAACCAAACUACCCUCUCCAACUACAGGGGAAGGGACCGCUCCAGAGACCGACCAAGGUCACCGCGCCCAGCCAAACAGCAAAGAUUCCCACAGACGACAAAGGGGAUCGAUGGUGAAAGACAUGAGGAGGAAAUACCACCACCUCACAGACAAAACUAA